UGGUACGCCAAAAGGAAGGCAGAACGCAAAAGCAACGAGGCGAGAGAGAGCAAGGAAAGCUCACGCUUGUCCUCCUCCUCCUCCUCCUCCUCCUCCUCCUGCUCUCUCUCUCUCUCAUUUUCACCAAAAGGAUUUCGAAGGAAAUGGAAGGGGAAAGGGAGUACCCCCCUCCCUUCUGGUCUCAACCCCAAAGAAGACCUUCUCCCCCGGCGCCCUCUUCGGGCCUCAGGCCCUGGGCUCUGGUCCUCUUGUCUUCCAUUUUUAUUAUUCUUUUCCUCCCCGCUUUCCUCUCCUCCUCCGUCCGUGGCCUCCGCCCUGGUAGCCUCAUAAAGAACGGGUGGGACACCCUAAAUCUCUGCCUCGUCCUCUUCGCCAUUCUAUGCGGACUUCUCGGCCGCAACAACGACGACGACGCCGACAAAUCGCCGCGGCCCACCGAGUGGCCCGCGGUCGGAUACUCCGCUCCUCCGCCGGUGCAGAAUAGCUACGGGGAUCCCCCGGUCGCUCCGAUGGUGGGGAGUCGGCGGAUGAGGAGCAGUAGCUCUUACCCGGAUCUAAGGCAGGAGGCGCUGGAAGCCUGGGGCGGCGCAGCCGAGGCCUGGCGGUUCUCCGACGACAUCCAGCUCUAUCACCGCUCCCGGAGAUCGGAGGUGGGGGCCAAGACGAUCCCGGUGGCCUCCAGCGAAGGGUGGCGGUUCUCCGACGACGCCCAGCUGUACCACGGAGGCCGGAGAUCGGAGAACAACCACCGUGGAUGGGAGCGCACUUCGGAGGCGGAGUCGAAGACCAUCCCGGUGGAUACAUUUGUUCUCCGGAAGAGCCCGCCGCGAUGCCGAUCUCCGCCACCCACUCCUCCGCCCCCGCCGCCUCCGCCGCAGAGGCAUUCGAGGGGGAGGAGCGUCCAUAAGCUUCCGGAGAAGGAAGUGGAGCAAGAAGUGACAAUGGAAGAGGAGAAGCCCCAGCCAUCUUCGCCAGCGCCUCCGCCGCCGCCUCCACCGCCUCCGCCGGCGACGCGCGAGCAGAAGAGGAGUCAUAAGAAAAUGAGCGCCGGAAGGGCGAAGGACAUCGCCAUCGCAUUGUUCUACAAUAAGAAGAGGACGAAAGGGAGCAAGACGAAGAAAUUCCACGACGAUACCUCGCCUCCCGCCAAUGCCGCUGCUUCUCCUCAAACCCCGCAACCCCCGCCGCCGCCACCCCCGCCCCCGCCGUCGUCGGUCUUCUACCAGUUAUUCUCUCACAAGAAGGUCGGGAGCAAGAACCCGAGGAUCCACUCGACGCCAGCUCCUCCUCCGCCUCCGCCGCCGCCUCCACCACCACCUUCUACUGUGAAACGACAAUCGAAGAGGAAUGCCUCCUCCCCUCCUCCGCCGCCACCUCCGCCGCCCACCCAGAAAUCCAGGAAGCAGGUCUCUCGCUCUCCGCCACCGCCACCGCCAGCCCCACCCCAGGUAAAUCUGCACAAGACGCGGGAAAAAUCCAAUCUUUCUGGUUUUUUCCUCCCGCCUUCAUCCUCCCUGCCGCCACCACCACCACCUCCUCCUCCUCCGCCACCUCCGUCUGAUCUACAGCUGCUGUUCUCCGAGGAAGAGAUCUCGGUGGACGGAAUCCUUGGAGGAGGAGGAAUGGGGAGCAAGGAGAUAGAAGAAAAGGAGGGAGUAGCGGUGUUCUGCCCGAGCCCCGACGUGAACAAUAAAGCGGACCUUUUCAUCGCCCGCUUCCGAGCCGGCCUAAAGCUCGAGAAGUUGAACUCCCUCCGAGAGAAGCAACGAAGACAACAACAAGAACAGCAGCAAGAGGAGGAAUUUAUGAUGGUAUAAGGGUUUUUGACGACGACCCGAUACCAAGGUAAGCAUUCCGCCGGCGCCGGCGCCACCAUGGUCGCCGCCGGAUGCAGUAAAAUUGUUUUUUUCCCUUCAACAAAACUAUCUUUAACUAUUUCUAUUAUUGGAAUUCUUGUUUUUUAUAUACGGAUCGAGAGAGAAGCGACGGCAGGGACUAGUAGAAAUUUGGAGUGUGCAUUUGCUAUUGUUUAUGGAUUGGGUGCGUGUUUAUUUGUUUGGUAAUGAAGUGAUGGAUGAGGGGUCGUUGUAUAGAUUUGGAUGGGUGAGAGAGAGAGAGAGAGAGAGAGAGAGAGAGCCUGUGAUCUUGUUUUAACUAGCCAGGCUUGUAACAGCAGUAUAUGAUGAUGCACUUUAGACAACAGAAUAAAGGAUCCGUUCAUCACUUCAUUGUAACACAUACAAUAAAUAUUUUUUUUCAAAA